AUGGGAGAAAAUGAAUGGUUGAAUGGAUACUUGGAGGCUAUACUGGAUGUUGAAGCAGGCGGAAGAAGAGCUAUAGAAGAAAGCAGUGACGGGAGUAGCAAAAAGAAAAGCAUUUUUUUAAGAAAAAGGUUUGAUGAGAAGAAUCAAAUCCACAAAGUAAAGGAAGAAAAGCAUUUUAGCCCCACCAAAUACUUUGUCGAAGAAGUUAUCAAUAGCUUUGAUGAGGCUGACCUUCACAAGACAUGGAUUAAGGUGGUCGCCACAAGGAAUUCUCGUGAACGCAGUAACAGGCUCGAAAAUAUGUGCUGGCGCAUCUGGCACCUUUCCCGCAAAAAGAAACAGAUAGCUUGGGAUGAUGCACAAAAACUAGUAAAGAGGCGACUUGAACGUGAAAAAGCUACAGAAGAUCUUUCUGAGCUCUCAGAAGGGGAGAGAGACAAAACAGAUUCCAAUCAAUCCGAUUUUGUUACUGACAUUGCAAGAAUAAACUCUGAUAAUCAAAUUUGGUCGGACGACAAAUCUAGGCAAUUGUACAUUGUCUUGAUAAGUCUUCACGGAUUGGUGCGUGCAGAAAACAUGGAACUUGGACGAGACUCUGACGCUGGUGGACGGGUAAAAUAUGUUGUGGAAUUAGCUCAAGCAUUAGCCAACAUGAAUGGAAUCCACAGAGUAGAUCUUCUUACUUGA